CUUUAAUCCAACUCCUAUCUAACUACCGUGCAAAACAGCCAACAAAAUGUUCAAAGUUCUGUUUGUCCUCACCGCCCUCGCCGCCGCCCAGGUCUACGCCCAUCCCGGAGUGGUAGCCGUGCAUCCCGUUGUGGCGCACCCCGUUGUGGCGCAUCCCGCUGUGGUGCAUCACAGUCCCAUCAUCCAUCAUGGCGCCCACUCGGUGCACUCACACGUCGUGCACCAUCCGGCACCCGUCAAGGUCGUCACCCCGAUUGUUGCCAGGCCUGUGGUGGCUGUUCAUGCCGUUAAGCCGGUGGUGCCCCUAGUGCCCGUGCACCACGCCGCCCCCGCCCUGGUCGUGCAUCACUAAGUGCACAAACUGCACCCUGACCCCUGACCGUCCCCUCCCCUCCGCCCAUCCAAUCGAAGCCCCAACCAACAUCCAAGAUUAUCCCCCAAUAAAAGUUCAUAGCCACGUAA